UACACGCACGAAAAAGCAAGCUCAACGACUCCGAAAGAAGAAGAAGAAACUCUCGAUACUAGUGCGACUGAGGCAACAGCCGAUCCACUCGACAACCUCGAUCUUCCUGCCAUUGGCGACUUAUUCGUAUUGUGUCAGAAGAAAAUUAAAUAUAGACAAACCUAUUUCGAACGUUUGAAUAUUCCCUGUCCCCCACCAACAUUUUUCUUUGGUAAUUAUCGUACGUUAUGGACCUCUGGGAUCGCCUAUUCAAAACAACUUCAACAGUGGACACGGGAAUAUGGGCAUAUUUGUAGUAUGUAUGAAGGUACACAAGCAAUCUACGUUGUAUCAGAUGUCGAACUUUUACAAGAAAUAUUCAUAAAACAGUUUUCAAAUUUUAAUACACAUCAUAAAACACAACUUCUAAUUAAAACACGUAAAAAUCAACAUGAUGAUUUAAUUGCCAGUAGUGGACAGCAAUGGAAACGACAACGGACAAUACUGAAUCCAGUAUUUUCGCAAGCGAAACUAAAACAAAUGGCACCAUUGGUAGAUAAUUGCAUUGCAGAAUUAAUGACAAAAUUGUCUUCAUCUGAAAAUAACGUAUUUAAUAUUUAUCCGUAUUAUAAACGUUUGGCAACGGAUGUUAUUUUAAAAUGUGCAUUUGAUGUUACUGAAUUGAAUGUUCAAAAUAUAAUUGAUAAUAAAGAAAAUAUUUAUUUAAUAAAAAUACAAGAAUUUCUGUCUACUGAUACAGCUACAUUACUGAUAUAUAAAAUCGCUCAUUUAACUGAAUUAGCCCCAGUGCUUGGAUGGACUUUAAGAUUUGUUGAAUUUCUAGCAUCUAUUGUUAAAUCUCAGGUUGCUGUAUUACCACUCGACUGGUUUACUGAUCAUAUUCAAGAAUUUAUUACAGUUAAUGAUCAAUUAAAUGAUGUGAAAAAGUUGACCUACGAUGAACUAUUAAUCAAUACAUUACUAUUUUUAACUGCUGGUUAUGAAACAACAUCAGCAUCAUUUGCAUAUGCUACCUAUAUCCUGGCUACCCAUUCGGACGUACAAAAAAAACUACAAGAUGAAAUUGAUACUGACACACAUUAUAUAGAUUUAUUUUGGAAAGAAGUAUCAAGAAUGUAUCCCAUUGCAACGCCGUUUAUUAAGCGGCAUUGUGUCCAGAAUACACAAGUGUUGGAUUAUAAAAUUAAAAAAGGUAUAAUUUAUCCUACUGAGUUGGUCAACAAACUAUAUUUUAUAUAA